AUGGCCAAAGACGACUCCACAGUUCGUUGCUUCCAGGGCCUGCUGAUUUUUGGAAAUGUGAUUAUCGGUAUGUGUGGCAUCGCCCUGAUGGCAGAGUGCAUCUUCUUUGUAUCAGACCAAAACAGCCUCUACCCACUGCUUGAAGCCACCAACAAUGACGACAUCUACGCGGCAGCCUGGAUUGGCAUGUUUGUUGGCAUCUGCCUCUUCUGCCUCUCUGUCCUGGGCAUUGUAGGCAUCAUGAAGUCCAACAGGAAAAUUCUUCUGGUGUAUUUCAUCCUGAUGUUUAUUGUAUAUGCUUUUGAAGUGGCAUCUUGUAUCACAGCAGCAACACAACGAGACUUUUUCACACCCAACCUCUUCCUGAAGCAGAUGCUGGAGAGAUACCAAAACAACAGUCCUCCAAACAAUGAUGACCAAUGGAAAAACAAUGGAGUCACCAAGACCUGGGACAGACUCAUGCUCCAGGACAAUUGCUGUGGUGUAAAUGGCCCAUCAGACUGGCAGAAAUACACCUCCGCCUUCCGGACUGAGAACAGUGAUGCCGACUACCCCUGGCCUCGUCAGUGCUGUGUUAUGAACAACCUUAAAGAACCUCUCAACCUGGACGCCUGCAAACUAGGAGUACCUGGAUACUACCACAAUCAGGGCUGCUAUGAGCUGAUCUCUGGACCAAUGAACCGACAUGCCUGGGGAGUUGCGUGGUUUGGAUUUGCCAUUCUCUGUUGGACUUUCUGGGUUCUCCUGGGUACCAUGUUCUACUGGAGCAGAAUUGACUAUUAA